CACCUCCAUACCAAGGCGUGUCUCACUGGUUCUUGGUCUCCCUUUUGAUUAGCCUGACCUUUCCGAGGACAUCGGCUUGGAGUUCCGAGUGAGUAGGCAGCCUGGACCACCUCAUCCCCUUCACCCGUCUCUUUGCAUCGUCUGGCCUUCGUUCUGUUCACUCAAGAACGCUAGUCUUGCCACUUCGGAUUGGCUUCGGCCAUCUCUGAUCCCUCGGACUGCAGCUCGACUUCUGAAGCGAGUCAAAGGACACAGCACUAGCUUCCGGCAAUGGACAUUCUCUCCUUUGACUGGCUCUUCUCGAGCUCCUCCCAUGACGACCCCUCCUUUCAAGGGGCCGAUCGGGCCUCCCGGGCUCCCCAACCAUUACCCGACGUACAAGCAACGGCGGCAUCGGCGCAGAUAGCCAAUGACUCCUUCUUCAAUCGCCUCGCCGCUCUGGGAGCCAGUCAACCCACUCAAGAUCCAGCUGACAGACCGGAUGCUGCUAGCUCUUGGUUUGGCAUCAGCUCCUCUGCCUCAAGACCCGGAUCUACAGACGCCGAAGGCGCAGACAACAGCGAUCAAGAAGGCUUCGAGCCGCAGAUGUGGACCUUUCUCACCUCGCGGUAUGCCAUCAGUCUUGUCGUCAUGGGUGUCUUAGUGAAUCGAAUCCACCACAUCUGUCGACCCAGGGGAGGCCGACCAGCUCGGAUGCGCGGGCGAAAGCGUCUAGCCCUCCGACUGCCAGCCCUCUUGGCGCUGGGAUACGCAACUCUUGCGCUGGGCAUGAGGGUUCUGCAGCUCUGGGCUGGAGACUACAUCCCGGGACAUUCGUGGCUGGCUGAUCAGCUGGCUACCCUUACCAAUCUCAGGCUGGAUGCAGCUCGUAGAGAUGCUGAUGAGAAGCUGCUCUGGAUCACUUACGUUGCUGCUUGCCUCGGCAUUGCAACGGAGUCCUUGACAAGGACUCUGGAAGCCGCCCACGAACCCUCUCCUUCCUUCAACCUCAUGGGCUUCUCACUGACAGUACAAUCGCAUCAGAUGGAGCCUUCUCACGUCUCAUUGCACUUUUUCCUCUUCGUUUUCCUUGAAGUGGCGGAGGUCUUCUCCCUCUGUCUCAUGUCCUGCUGGAGGAAGCCGCGGAUCAAGAGGCUCCACAUCACCACCGUCUUUGGUCUGGCGGCCACAGCGCACUACCUACUGGCUCCGGCUCACCGGAGACCAAUCAUCUUUGGCUUCAACAAGAUGCCGGAUGUGGUCAUGCUGGCCAUAGUCCUCGUCACGAUGGCCUUGCACUCCCUCACCAUGCUGGUCACAGAGGGUAAGAUCGACACGAGUCGCCUCCUCUUCACAAGGUCCAACUUCCCAUCCGCAUCAGACGACUACUCCCUUGCCCUUUUCAAGCUCGGCACCGCCUGUCUUCAGUCCACUCGGCUUACUGGACUCUCGCGAGAACUCGUCUCGAUUGAAGUUCCCGAGAAGACAUACAUCGAGGUGGACGAGCUUGGCAACACCCGCAUCAAGACUGGUCUGGAGGGCCUGAUAAAGGGUGACGGCAGCGGAGGCCUUACCAAUGAGAUUCGCAUUACCACGCCCGUAUCUAGGAUCGGAGGUGGCUGGAGAGGAGCCGACUAUGAUAGUCCUAUCUUCAUGUCGGGAGCCAAGUGGCGAGAGGUGAAGCGCUUUAUCUUUGCCGUCUUCGGAGUAGCCGGUACCAUCUGGCGAGCAGUCUCCAGCCGAGCUCCUCGUCCGCCGUUAGCCUGGCUGGGGAGAUGCGUGCCUCAGUGGGUGCGAAAGCUGCCCAGGUGGAUCAGGCUGAUAUGGCAUGGUCAAAAUGGAGAAAGAAGACGCGAAGAACGUCUUUCGCGUCAGCAAAUAGAAAGGGAUCGGCAAGAGAAUCUCAGGAAAGAAGCCCUCAAGGCUGUUUUGCGUAGGAAUGGUGUAGAUAUUGCAGAAGGAGAGGAUCCCAAUCUGGCAGCAUGGCGGGCGAUGAGGGAGGGCGUACAACGCCGAGAGGAUGGACUGAGGACCCGGAGAACAGCAGAUGGGGGAGAUACCACGGAGGAUCAAAUGGGAGUGCCUGCGAGUCUUUGGAAUCAUCUCCUUUAUGCUACUGGAGAAGCCUCGGCUCAACCCAGCGCAGGUGCCCUUGCCGGAAUGGACACUGGAGACGAGGACGAGGACGCUGAUUGGACUCUGGAAGAGCACGCCGAAGAAGACAUGAGCGACUCAGCAAGUGAAGACGACGGCGGGUCUCCAUCGGUCUCGGUCUCCGACAGCGGAGCUGGAACGCCGGCUGCGUAUUCCCUUCGCUCUCGGUCGAGCUCGCCAGCCGUGUCCAGAUCGACGGCUCGGGAAGCAGCAGCCUCAGCGGCUAUCAGACGGUCCCGCGCUCUUUCCCCACUACAACAACAGCAUCUCGACACGAUUUCUGUAUCUUCUGACGCCGGAGAGGACGACGAAGAGGCAGAAGAGGAAACGCCAAUGUCUCUUCUGCAGCUCGCACGUAGAGCUUUCAGUCCCAGUCCGGAAGCCGAGAUUGGAGUCUUGGAGCACGAAGGGGACGAGUCGCAGUCAGACGCCUUUUCUCGAGUGCUCCUAGUCCAUGCUGCUGCGCCGAGUGGAUCCCCGGUAGUCACACGAGCAAGGUAUCGCUCUCUGAUGAACAGCAGUGGAGCAAGUGCUGGUACGCAGGCCCUCACAUCUGCCACAGCCGCCGACGACCAUCUCCACGAGACGAUCCUCCGUCGGCGAGCCCUUAUCCCCAGUGGCGGCGGCGGUGCCUCUCCCUCUGCAGAUGCAGACGAGGACCGCAGUGCUGAGCGAGAGCGUUUGAGGCUCUGCGUAGUGUGCUGCUACGAGGAACGAACAAUUCUCUGCUGGCCCUGUCGAUGUCUCGCCCUCUGCGAUGGCUGUCGUGAGGAAUUGGCAUCGAGGCCUGGUCGUGCUGGAGGUGGAAGGGCUGCUGGAGGCGCGGGUGGAGAAGGGGGACUGCACAAUUGCCCUACUUGCAGGGCUGAGGUGAGGGGGUUCAGCAGGAUUUACCUGCCGUGAAAUGAGAUGGCAAGGGACGGUGCUGAUUGGUGGACGGAUCGGACUGGGCGGUAUUAGUCCCGUCAGACGCGACGCCCUCUUCGGUCCUUCCUGAUCUACCUUUCACCUCCUCCCAGCCGUCACACUGCGGAUGUCCUUCCCACGGCCUCAGACACGUCGGCAGGUUGUCCAAUGAGAUACAUACAUCGCUCUUCAGUCCGCCG